CCGACUGCGGGAGGCACGCUCUCGUGUAAUGACUGAGGAGCUGCCUUGCCUGCUGGGAUUGCAAUGGCGAAUCGGACGGUGAAAGAUGCUCAUAGCAUCCAUGGAACCAACCCGCAGUACUUAAUCGAGAAAAUCAUCCGCACCCGCAUCUAUGAAUCCAAGUACUGGAAGGAGGAAUGUUUCGGGCUGACAGCCGAACUGGUUGUGGAUAAAGCUAUGGAACUGAAAUAUAUUGGUGGCGUCUAUGGUGGGAAUAUUAAGCCUUCACCAUUCCUUUGUCUGACCCUUAAGAUGCUUCAAAUUCAGCCUGAAAAAGAUAUUAUCGUUGAAUUUAUAAAGAAUGAAGAUUUUAAGUAUGUUAGACUUCUGGGUGCAUUGUAUAUGCGACUAACAGGUUCUGCCAUUGAUUGUUACAAAUAUCUGGAACCACUCUAUAAUGAUUAUCGGAAAGUGAAGAGACAGAAGAGAGAUGGAGAGUUUGAACUUAUUCACGUGGAUGAAUUUAUGGAUGAGCUACUCCAUGAAGAGCGAGUUUGUGAUAUUAUCUUGCCCAGACUUCAGAAACGCUAUGUGUUGGAAGAAGCAGAAAUGCUGGAUACUCGAGUCAGUGCAUUGGAGGAAGAUAUGGACGACGUAGACACAAGUGAAGAUGAAGAUGAGGAUGAAGAUUGUAUGUUAAUAAUCUCAAGGGUGACAGAGUUCCAUCACCAGAGCCUCCACGACGUGGCUACCGUGAUCUUGAUCGGCCUCGAAGAUCACCAUCUCCACGAUAUCGAAGAAGUCGAAGCAAAACACCAAGACGACGAAGCAGGUCCCCCAAGCGAAGAAGUCCAUCACCGCGUCGUGAAAGACAUCGUAGCAAAAGUCCUAGACGUCAUCGUAGUCGUUCUAGAGAUCGUCGUCACAGAUCAAGAUCCAAAUCUCCAGGUCAUCACAGAAGCCACAGACACAGAAGUCAUUCUAAAUCACCUGAGAGAUCAAAGAAGAGUCACAAGAAAAGUCGAAGAGGAAAUGAGUGAAGUUCCAUAUAACCACAGCAACACAUUUCCAGUGCAUCUCAAGAACUGUUUGUAGAUAUAACUGAACUUUCUUUGCUUCAUGUUUAUAAUUUUUUGUACUUUUUUCAUUUGUUCUGAUUUUGAGAUGCUAUUUGUGAUAAUUCCAUGUAACACAUGAAUUGCAUUGUUAAGCUGUUCUACAGUUUUUGGGAUUGGGUAGAAGAUUAACAUUUCUGCAUUUAUUUUGUGAACAGGAAGAAUAUUAUUGAGUGCUUUCUGAAGUAACUUUACAGUUUUUAAGUGAUUUUAGGUGAUGUUUUGGUUGUAAAAUAUAAAGCAAGUUCAUUGUUUCUUUAGUAUAUACGGUAAACUUGAUUAUUAAAAGCAAUGGUUAUACAAAGGC